AUGCCUUUUUUUAUCAGCCUUGUCUUUUUGUCAAGUUGGACAGCUGUAGCGCUUACAUUCCCUCACUAUGCGUUUGACAACAUUAUUAAAGGGUCGAGAGUCGAAUUUGAAUCAUCUGGCAGCGGACCGAAUGAACCUGUCCGGGGAAUAGUGAAGGUUGUGCAGCUGGACCCUCGUACCCUGGCCCAGUCAGGCUUCCUGAGAGCGGGAAUCGCAUCCAGAAGAGCCCCCUCCCUCAGCUCCAGACUGUCCUUCCCUGCUUUCCUGUCUCACGGCCGUCCAGGUCUUGCCCCAGCUUCCAAGACCUCAAUGAGUCCGUUACACCUCCUGCAACCUAAAGGCCCCUCUCAGAUGGAACUGAAGAAAAGACAAGGCCUGCAGAUGUGGCAGAGAGCCAUCCAUAAAGGAGACAAGAUAACUCUGCCAUUCAACCUGAAGGACACCAAACAGACAUGCACUGCAGUACCUUUCACUCAGCGUGUGACAGCAGACGGGUGCGACACAGUAACGGUGCACAACAGGCUGUGUUUCGGCCAGUGCAGCUCGCUGUUCGUCCCGUCCGAAGGGGAGUUUGACGGGCAGGGAACUGCGACUGGUGGCCUACACCAACGGGCCCCCUGCUCCCGCUGCUCCCCGUCUAAAGUUCAUAAUGUGGCUGUGCCCCUGCGCUGUGGAGCCGAGGUCCGGCUGAAGCAGGUGAUGGUGGUGGAGGAGUGCAAGUGUGAGACGGGCCGAGAGGAAAAAAGUGCAGAGGCUGCAGCUCUCGCACACCUGUAACUGCAAUACUGUUGUUAGGAUCACAGGAUAGAGGGGCAGGUGAAGGUUUUCAUUUGGAUUGACACCUUUCUCUCCAUCCAAUCACUGCUAAGAUAUGGACUCUAACUAUUUAGACUGCUGUAAUGAUUAUUUACAUAUGUAUAUGUGUUUGUUAAUGAGUCUGAAUGUGUAAUUCAGAUAAAUAUAUUCUGGUGUUUAUUCCACCGCUGAUAGAUGACAAAGUGACCUAUAUUUUGGUCAUGCAAUUUCCUGUUGCA